AUGCAGCUUGGUGCAGUACACCGCGGCGACUACAAUGAGUUCUUGACACCGUGUGUGUCGUUCGGGGACUCUCUGCAAGCAAGCGGCUUCGGACAGGUGCCCGCUAGACGGGCAUCUUUCCGGCUUGGUGUCCUUCUGGGGCACUUGGCUGGAGGUGGACACAUCGAUACAUCGGUUCUGGCAAUGCUGCCUUGGCCUUUGCGAGAUGCUCUUGGACAGGACAUGCAAGUCUCAGAGGAAUGUCGUUAUGAUCACCUGCGAUCAAGGAGAGAGCCUCACCUGCACAAACGUCAUGUUGAAGGUGUUUUCAGCAUUCUCCCUGCCUUGGCCACAAGUACUACAGUAGAGAAUAGAUAUAUUUGUACAUAUAUAUAUAUAUAUCUGUGUAUAGUGCUUCAAGUGUUUUGUUGA